AUCGACCAACUGCUGCAAGAGAUGCGAGGGCCAAAAUGGAAGGACCACAGAGGCGUCCCCUUUCGGCGGCGGUGUAGGUGGAUGGGUGAGCAUUGGAGCGAUGUCAGGCCACACGUUAGGUGCAUCCAGGACGUGCCCGGCGUACAGCUGUACACGGAGGUGGGGUACGUGGAGAAGCCGGGGGGAGUCACGCUGACCAGGUACAGGUGUGCCAGAGGGUCAGAGACCCUGCAGGCGUUUCACCUCCACCUGAACAAGUUCAUUCCAGGAGAGCUGAUUGGAGUUGACCUGCUGAGUGAGACAGGAGAACCCCUCCAGAUGCUCCCUGACACAGAGGAGACCAACACCAAGCUGGAGGCCGUGGAUGUGGAAGAUGAGGAGGAGGAGGAGGAUGGUUUUGAGGAAACCCUGUCUUACAUGACCGUUUCUGGUGUCCUUGAUGACCAAGUGCUAUCCCAACUCAGUCGCGCUCACACAGAACCCCCAACGCCCCCUUCUUCCCUCCAGCCUGCUGCCUUCUCCAUGACCGCCCCUUCCCACCAUUCUGUCACUUCCCAGCCUGUAGCCUCUCCCCUGGCUGUGUCUUCCCGGCCUGUUGCCUUCUACUCCUCCUCCUCCUCCUCCAUGGCUGGUUCACAUUCUUCACAGGACGAGGAUGAGUCUGUUCGUGUGCCAGUCGUGGAACAAAUGGACAUCUUGGAUGAAUAUGACCUUGUUGACAUGAAGAUUGAAGAGUCGUCUCUGUCCCUCACAGACCAGCAGCCACUAAAUCCACCGGAACCCCAUCCAGGCCCAGCUCAUGAUAAUCCCAUGGUGAGCUGCAGCACCCUUGUGGACCAAGCACAGGAGACGGGGGCUCGCAGCAUAGCAACACCAGCAGACGUGAAGCCUCCUGGGCCUCCUGACCAGCCCUGGUCCAGCAGCUACGUGGGCCAACCACCACCAGCUGCUUUGGGGCCUGCUCAACUACCACAGCUUGUUGUUGCCAGCAGCACUGUAGACCAACCACGACAGCCUCUAGCCAGCAGCACUGUAGACCAACUACCACAGGUUGUUGCCAGCAGGACUGUUGACCAACUACCACAGCUUGUUGCCAGCAGCACUGUAGAUCAACUACCACAGCUUGGAGCCAGCAGCACCGUAGACCAACUACCACAGCAGAUGCACAGGCCAACCUCAGCAGCUGUGAGACCUCCCUUUCCAAACCAGGCAAAGCCCCUCGCUGCUGCUCCUCAACCUGUUUCAGCUGCUCCCCAGAUGGUGAUGUUCGGCCCUGUGAGCCUAAAGCAGUUGCCUCCCUCAUGCCUCGACCUCAGCCUUGGAACGCAGACAUUCCCACCACUCCCUCUCCACCUCGUUCCCGUCCUUAUGCUCGCAAGGUGCCGUACAACACUUGCAAGAAAUGUGGGAAGUUUAGAACGAUGCCCACAGGACACAGCCAGGACAAGGGGAAAGUGUACUGCCCCACGGUAGAGAGUGUAUCAAAGGAGCAGUGGCUGGAGGACAUGAAAAAGAAUAGGGCCCUGCCGUAGCCAACCGGCUGACCCGGCUGACCCGGGUUCGAUUCUCAGCUCGGGUCCUUAGCCGACCCUUCCCGGUCUCUCUCCCGAUUCGCUUCCUGUCCACCUCACUGUCCUAUCGAAAUAAAGUCGAAAAAGACAACAAAAAAAAGAAAGAUUAUGUUCUUGUAGUUAUGUAGUGUCGUUCUUUUCUAGUUAAUCAACAUUUCAACCAAAAGUUUUAAUUGCUACAUCCCAGAGGCAUGGAAGACACUUUGAAUGUAUUGGAUUCAUUGUAAAUAGUUGUUUUUACCUGAAAUAUGUUAUUGUUGUAUUCAAACUGACUUAUUCAGGGCCCAAUCUUCUUGUUCUUCUUUUGCUUUUUUUAUUUUAUUGUGUUUUUGACUCCUGUUGCUGAUAUGUAUUUUGAUUAAAAAAUGUUCAAAAAUA